CAUUCAAAUCCAUUCGUUAACAAUAACUAAUCCUUUCUAUCAGUGCAAUCGAGCCAGUGGCCUUGACUGCCAAUUGAGCACUUUUACCGUUCAGGAGUUAAUAGCACUAUUGUAAUUUUAUACAUUCAUUUUGUCAAAGCUUCAUGCUGUACACGCACGAAAAAAUUUAAUAGAAAAACCUAUUGAAUUCUCUUUUCCUAUCGGAAAAUCUUAAAGAAGUGGUGAUUCCAAAGACACGCAAGGCGUUUACGCCGCGUGAAAAUGAAUUCACUUUUCUCAAUCACGGGGACUGCACUCAAUCGGAUAUGUUGUUUGCAUAUGAGUAGAAGUACACUGAUUUGGAAAAGAUUUGGAAGAUUUAGGUCGAUUUUCAAUAUGCAUGCUACAACUCUCCAGCAGUCGAUCUCCAUUUUUUUCUAUCCAGCAACGUCACUAGCUGCGCAAAGCCAUCUGUAUUCUCUUUUGGAAGAGUAUCACUCAGUAUUAUCGGAAACGAUGAAGAAUCUGAAUUGCAGAGCAACAGCACCUUCUCUGAAGGAUAUUAGGAAGAUGUACGAUGACAGAAUAUUUAUCAGUGUAGUAGUCACAUGUCCGAUUGAACCAAUCUUGCACGCGCAGUCAUCCAAGGUAUAUCCCAUAGAUGAUUUGGUAUCUGACGACAGUCAAGGAACGAGAAAACUUUAUGGGGGAGAUAAUUUCAGGAAGAAAUUGAUGGCUCGUCUUCCUGAAUAUGCCAAACUCGGGCUGUUGGAUGCUUGAUAAGUUACGAUGCGAAUUACUUCAGUAUCUGAUUGUUCAUUUUUUCUGGUUCAUGAUUCAAUAGUAAAACCGGUAAAUUACGUA